AUGGCACCAGUUUACGAAUCUUUUUCGUUGCUGGAGACCUUUUCCAGGAACAAGGCGUACUUUGAUCCGCGUUUGUUUGAAGUCCACUCCACCGUCGACAAUGGCCUGCUUGUCCAGCCCAAAUCCUCCACUCCACCUCAGCUGGUUCUUUCACUAGAGGCGGUUCCUAUCAUACCCGCCAAGGAUCCUGACAACUCUCUUCCCGGGCUUCACUUUCAAAUUCGAGGCGACACUUCUCCUGUUCCCUUCUCGACCACGCAAGAACAGACACGAAGUAUCUCAUACGACUCGACCACCCGCGUACCACAACAGAAAGACUUCAGCCCCUUUGGCAAUUUUGCUGAUACUUCUUUUGAUUCCUACAUCGAAAAUGGGAUUUGCUCCCCUGUUCAGUCAGUGCUCGAAUCAUCCGACAACGGGUCCGAGCCCGACAUUAUCACAGUGGAGGAAAAUGAUGUGCGGAAGCUGAUCGCGGAGGAACUCAAGAAGAAGAUGAUUAGUGCCAAGAAUUUGUACUCGAGGGUACGGAGUAGCAUGCAUUGUUAA